AUGUUUAGGGAUGUUGGCAGCAUCCAGAGGUUCCCAGGAAGCGGUAGACCCAAAACAGAAAAGGCUCCGGCUCUGAAGAAGAGCAUCAGAAAUCGGACUGACCCAGAUCUUUCCAGGUCGUUGGAACGAAUGGCUUCUAAAUUGAUUAUCUCGGCUUUAUCGGGUAGAAUAAUUGUAAAAACCGGCAUGAGAUGUCCCCCAUAUUCUAUUCUAUGCGGGCCAUGCGUUGAUUCAACAGAGAGAUGCAAGACACGGCUUCAGUGUUUCCGAAAGUUAAGAAAAGAAGCCACUGACACGGUACUUUUGCGGGCUCCCACCUGUCCCCCUUUGAGCCCUCCGAUCUCCGCUGAAAGCAGAGGUUUCAGCAUGAAACUUUUUGACGCCAUAGAGUAG